UAUGGAGUAUUGGAAAGGGCAUUGAGGUAAGUCCAUCCACAAUCUAUAAUAUAUUUUGUUGUGAAAGAAACUGAGGCAGUCAUGUGGGAAGAAAACAGCAGAAUCAUAUAGAUUUAAGAGCUUCAUCCUCUCUUUAAACUCCCUCAGAACCUUGCAAAGAGACUUGAUACAUAGAAGAAGAAGAACCGGUAGAAGAAGAGGAGGAGAGGAAAGGGCAAAAAGAGAGAAAGCUGAAAGUUUUUAUUUUCUUGUAUUGAAUUGUUUUCUCGAGAAAAUCUUAACCAUGAUUUCUAGGGAGAACAAGAGAGCAGCUCUGCAUGAGAAGCUCCAACUUCUUCGUUCCAUUACCAAUUCUCCUGCUCUAAACAAAACCUCAAUCAUCGUUGAUGCAACCAAAUACAUUGAAGAGCUAAAACAGAAGGUAGAAAGAUUGAAUCAAGAUAUAGAAUCUUCACAAGCUUCAAGCCAAAGAAAUCCAUUGCCUAUGGUUACUGUGGAAACCCUAGAGAAGGGGUUUUUAAUAAAUGUAUUUGUAGAUAAGAGUUGCCCUGGCUUGCUUGUCUUCAUAUUGGAAGCUUUUGAAGAACUGGAUCUUAAUGUUCAAGAAGCUAGGGUUUCUUGUACUGAUAGUUUUCGAUUACAAGCUGUUGGAGGAGAGAACGAAGAAGAAGGUAUAUGCAUUGAUGGUGAGGUGGUGAAACAAGCAGUGUUGCGGGCUAUUAAUAACUGGAGUGAGAGUACUGAACAAGACUAAUAAUAUUAUAUAAUCAUAUUAAAGUAUUGUUUAAUUAAUAUCCUUAAUUGUCUUUUUAAUUUUAAUUAUCACUUUCUUUAAUCUCUUUAGCUGGAAACAUUUUUAAUCAAAGGAUUAAAUGUUCCGAAUUGAAUUUUGUGUUUUAUAAUUUAGAAAUGAAAUGCAAUUAUUACCUACAA